CGAGUGCUCGUGUGGCCCGCGCCUAAAACUGAUAACACCCCUUUAAACGCAUUUUUUGGGGUCACGCAUGACUGGCCAUCCCCCCGGAUUACCUCUGCCAUUCUUACCUCUGUCAUUUUUGCCUCUGUCAUUUUUACCUCUGCCAUUUUUACCUCUGCCAUAGUAUUACCUCUGCCAUUUUUACCUGGCACCCGUAUAUACAGGAGUAUUUAUCAUGAUACCGUUCAUGGCGCCCCCAAUGUUAGUGCUGAGAAAUACAUAUUACAUACAACAUGUACAAGAACGUUUUAUUCAGCUAUGGGACAGAACUACAGUCUUCCUCGGACAUUGGAUGCAUAUAUAUUAAGAGCCCGUUUAAUUUUGACACAUGGCUUCGUCUUCACCAAUACAACAGUGGGAGAGCUCUCAAGACCCAAAUGACGAUGAUCUCAGGGACCUUGAGUUGGUGGAACUAGCGUCUAAGCUAUACCCCGAGGAUUAUUAUAAGCUGGGACUGAGACUGGGUUUCCAAGACUCCAAACUCAGCCACUUUAACCACGACAAUCCGAACAACAUUGAGGGCGCACUAUCAACGAUGCUGAUACGAUGGCGAAAAAAUCAGAGCGGGAAACCGGCCGCGAUCAGAAAACGACUAGCAGACGCUUUCAAACACGUACAACGCCUGGAUCUGUCCCAGGAAGUUUAUAUACAAGAGGAUGUUCUCGAGGACUUCAAAGAUAUCGAUUUGAAAGAUAGUACCGAUGGUGGCAACGCCGAAUGGCACUUGGUUAAAACAAUUGGUCUUCCAACCGACAAAGCAGAGUGGUUCAAAGCAUGUUUGGCGUUACCCGGGAACUGCGUGGCUGUUGGAUACAGAUCCGGCGGCAUCGAUAUCAUCAACAUCGACACUGAAAAGCGGGAAAGGAUUCUAGACCACCUGAAAAUCAGAAGUCUAACGCGGUUAAGAGAUGGAACCUUGGUGAUCUGCAACGACGACGUGAAGUCGGUCAAGAUAUAUACAUGCAAAUACCGCGGAAGGCAGUCGGUGGCCAGGCCUUUGUACGCACUGCGGAUAUCUGGUACGCACCGGUCUCUGAGCAUCGACCCACAGGAUAACAUAUACAUCGGACUACGUGGAUUUAAAGAAAUCGAGGUGGUGGACCCUGUUAGUGGGGCACGAACCAGGACCAUGAAAACGGCCGUGGAUCCGUGGAGCAUCGCCUUGAUGCGGACAGGCAACAUUGCUGUCACCAACUCGUGGAGAGGAAACGAAGACGCAGUCACUGUCCUUGAUCCUGGUGGGGACAUCGUGAGUAGGAUGCCAGGGGUGAAAGACGCCAGACAGUUCAUCACAGUCGAUUCGCGGGAUAGCAUAUACGUGGCGAUCAAGACAAAGAACGGGCAGGUGAAGAUUAGAAAGUAUACUGGCCAUGCAGUUGAGGUCGUCACCGAAGGCGUGGACUCGGUUACCAAGCCACGUGAAUGGAUUCAGCUGACAUGUCUAUCCCCAACUCAACUUGUGAUGUGUGACGCUAAAUCAAUGUUUGUAUUUCAGAAGUACUGAUAACGACUAUACAGUGAAUUUGACAUAAAAGCUAAAAGGGCUAUGUCAAAAAUUGAUGAAUCGGGGCAGCUGAUCGUCGCUAAGAUUCGGAGCUGCCGAGAAAAAUGUAAAUAUGUCAUUUGUCCAGAGUCACAGACGACAGUACUGUAUUGAUAAAACUUCUUUUUCACGAAUUUUUUUUCAGUAGAUUUUCUACGUUCCAGAAAGCGUCUGCGUAGUGGGUCAAAAAUAUCCCUACUAACGCUGCUAUACGCGAACAGCAUAUGGGGCCCGUAGGAGAAAGAGUUGCAUUUAAAUGCAUUACAAGCGAUCGGAUGUAGGCCUAAGUCCAAAAUGCACGCAUCUGGUUGGUUGAGAAUCAAUUUGCAUUUGAUUCUUUAGAGUUACAUUUGGUUAAAACUCCGUUUGCAACCGGCCACUGAUCACGUUUCGUAUCAUCGCGACCAUGUAGUUAAGAUUAAAGAUGCAUGUUUGAAUUGCAGUGAUCAACAAAUGUCAAGUAUCAUACCAACAGUCUUUGGAAUGCAAUUAAUGGUGGGUUAGGAACAAAGAUAUCGGGGAUUUUUCGUUCAGCGAGGUACGGAUGAUUCAAGAACAUGGUAAAUGUAUUGUCAAAUGCCCAUCAUGACAAAGAACAACGAGAAAGUCUUUGUCGAGAAUUAAUGAACAGCACUUUCCUCAAGGAGUAGACUGCUGGUUUGAUUCAACAAUUUUCGACAAAGACUGCUUUGUUGUUCCUUGUCAUGAAGAGCAUUUGACACGCUGUUCAAGUCUAUUUCAUUUCUCAACCCAAUGAUACAACAUAGGAAAAUAUUUACACAGAUAUAAAAUGAUAACCAUACAAAUCAAUACAAAUGAAUAUACAUUGCAAGCAAUAUGACUAUACAUGAAAAGUAAAUAAAUGUUUAUGGUAAACACUAAAUAAUGUGAUAAUCAUAUUAACCAAUAACAAUAUAUGCAAUGGAAAUAGAACAAAAUGUAUAUCAUUCUCGACAAAACAAUUUGCAAGGCUACCGUUAUAAUUCCCUUUUUUCAAUAAAAUAAAGUUGAGUAAAUGGAGGGAUCCACUGAAAAGCAGGGCUUGUUGAGUGUGGAUCCCUGAAAGGAUUGAUCAAAGAUUUGUAGGUACAGGUAAAAAAACGAACAUGAGAAUGCGAAAGAAAAAAAUAAGGUUGAUGUGAUGGUCUUGAAUCCUCCAUUCGUUGCUGAGCGAAAGAUCCGUAAUGAGAGAAUAAAAACCUAUCAUCGGCAGAGAAAAGUCUAAAUAACAGUUGAAAAACAAAAUUUAUCGUACGGUAUAUCGUUCGUAAUAUUUUGAAAUAGCCCAGAUUUUCACCAUUCAGAAGCUUUCUACGAAAAAAAAAUCAAUGCCAGACGUCCAGAUUGUUAUUUUGUCAACUCCACAUGACGUCUGUUUUUUAGUUAUCUUUUUUUUUCUAACGUAGCUCAGAAUUGAAACGAUAGCUAAGAAGAGCCAGAAGUUUACUCAAAAUGGCAUCGUUAUAUCGCCUCAAAUUCUCCCACUCUUCCAAAUUGCAUUCUAUGGUGAUUGUAACUGUUAGGUAUGUAAGUAUAUAUAAGUACGAUUAAACUAUGAUGUGCUUUACACCAUUUCAUGGUACUGUGUCAUAAAGACUUGUCAAAAUAACCAAAGCACAAUUUAUAUAACAAAUUAACUACCGGUCAAUUAGAAUUAAGGGAUUUCAGAAGAUUUAAACUGUUUUAAGAAUGGGUCCCAGAGAUUAGAAGAGAAGAAUUUUAUAUUUUAUGUAAUAAAUAAAAAAAAAUGAAAAAUGGUGCGUGUCAUUGUUUUCUUCAUUUACAUAAAGUCUUGUACUGAUCACUGAAUUUAGCCAAUUAGAAUUAAGAAUUUCAGAACAUUUAAGCUGUUUUAAGAACGGGUCCCAGAGAUUAGAAGGGGAGAAUUUUAUGUAAUAACAAAAAAUGGUGGGUGUCGUGAUAGUUUUCUUCAUUUACAUACGACCCGUAUUGUGCUGAUCACUGAUUUGAGAAGUUAAACUUAACUUUCAAAUGUCAUAAUUUCUUAUUUGACAUCCCAUUCCUUUAAAAAAUCAUUUUAUGUUGGUUUUGUUUUGAAUUCAAAUCAACUUUUUGUUGUUGAUGAUGGACCUGGCCACUAACUUCAAUUUUUUUUCUUUAUCGAAUGCAAGCUUCCAUUUUUAAUAUAAUCUUUAAAAAUACCAUGUUGCAAUUCAUACAAACACUAAAAUACAAUAAUGAAUUAUUUACAAAUAUUUAUAUGACUAAAAAUUGUGCAAUUGAAUAUCACACAUAUUUUUAUAUUUACACAAAUGGGAUUUGUUAAAUAUGCCUGUAAGAAUAUAUAUAAUGUGCGUAUAACAUUGAGCCACUAAUAUUUGUCUUCGGCUACUUCUAAAAUUAAGCAAUUUGAUAGCAUUAUACGUGUACUAUAAUCGGGGAAAACUAUUUAUGCUGUUUAUGAUGAUCACAUGAGACUAAUUUUCCCAAUCUUGAUAAUGCAGAAAAAUAUGAUUUAUUACAUGAAUGUGAAUUGUGAAUAUAAAACAUAUACACAAAACGAAUAAGCAUACUAUUAACAAUAAUAUUGUAAAAAUGAUUUGCAGAGCACAUAAGUCAAUCUUGAAUUACUUAAUGAAAGCGGUAAACGAGAAAUCUUCAUAUCAAUAAUAA